UAUAUAUAUACAUAACUGAUUAUUGGAUUGUUUUUUUCCUUAUGAUUAAGGAAAAACAAUAAACACUUACUAAUUGUACAUUUGAUCCGUUAAUUGAAUUUGAGCUCAAAUUAAAGUGAUUACCUUUUGCUGAUUCUGUCCAGUUAUUGUCUCUUAUUGAUGUGGUUUUGAUUCUCUAUGAAAUAUGCUCUGUUUUUUUUUUUUUUUUAAAAACUUUCAAGCAAAAAGGCCUGAUUUUUCAUGGAGGGAUUGGAAAUUACAAUCAUGAGAUUUUGACUUGUCAUGAUAUAAGGAUCGUUUUACCUCAAUGGUCAAGUCAUUUUGUUACCGAAUUUUUCUUCGAUUUUGGUUCUCUGUAAGAUUCUCCUUUCUUGAUGGAGAUGUUGAGGUUUCAUUUUGAUAAUGUGCUCAUUGUGACUCUCUUCCUUUCACGUCCUUGUGGUUUAUCAAAAGCCAUAUUUCCUUUUUCCCAAAAAUGCGUGUGAAUUUCAUUCUCAGUGGCAUUUGAUUCCAUAUCUUAUUUGUGGUCUUUUUCUAUUUUGAUUUUGAUGCAUCUGUCAUCUCCAUGAUAGCUUCUCUUGCUUCAUGGCUGAAACAAGUUUUAUUUUGGAUAAGAAUAAAAGAAUUUCUUCAUGUUCGUUUCCUCUUGUAGUCUUUGUUGAAGUUUAGGGGAAACAAUUGCAGAAAGAAAGCUAAGAGUUUUUUUAAUGAUCCAAGGCAAAAGAAAAAGACAAGAACUGAUGAAUAACCCCGUACCUUGCCAAGUGUUUCCUCUUGUCUCUGGUGGCAGUUCUUCUGGAUUCUGCAAUGGUAUGUAUGUUUCAGCACAUGAAAGGACUUCCUCUCAAGUCUCUGGAGAAGGACAGAGACAGGAAUUCUCUGUGGAAGGAACACAAUCCCUGCCAGUGAUUAGUCAACCUCGAGAGCAGAAAGAUAUGAGCUGGUCUUCAGACCAUCUCCAGGGGUUCUUUGACUUUCCUGUUCCGGAUCCACAAGCAGAGAGCAGCAGAGCUAUGGUCUCAUCCGAGGAACUCCAUUCAAAAAGCGAAUGGCCAGACUGGGCGAAUCAGUUGAUCUCUGUUGAUGAUGGCGUAGAACCAAAUUGGUCGGAGCUUCUUGGUGAUCCUAAUGUCCUCGAUCAAGAUUCAAAAAUACCAAUACUGUCUUCUGAUACUGCGAAGCAAGAGAUAGUAGUCUAUAAUCAGCAUCAUGUGGAUCCAUCGUCAAUGGAGAAGUUUAAUGCCAAAAGCUCACCGGCUAGUUCGGUGACAUCGAAGCAACGAAUGCGUUGGACACCAGAACUUCAUGAAGCAUUUGUCGAAGCUAUCAAUCAACUUGGUGGUAGUGAACGAGCCACCCCUAAGGCUGUUUUGAAGCUCAUCAAUAGCCCAGGGUUGACCAUUUAUCAUGUCAAAAGCCAUUUGCAGAAAUACAGAACAGCAAGGUAUAAACCGGAGCUUAUACAAGAUACAGAGAAACCUCCAGAGAAGAAUCUAACAACCAUUGAAGAUAUCAAAUCUCUUGACUUGAAGACGAGCAUUGAAAUCACUGAAGCUCUACGGUUACAGAUGGAAGUUCAGAAACAACUCCACGCGCAACUUGAAAUCCAAAGAUCAUUGCAGUUACAAAUUGAAGAACAAGGUCGGUGUCUUCAGAUAAUGAUUGAGAAACAACAGAAGUUGCAAGAGAAGAAAAAAGGCUCUUCUUGCUCAUCACCAAUGCCAGAAGCUGACCUUUCAGCUCCAUCACCAGACCUUUUACAAGUGUUCCCUAAUUCAGAGCUAUCAAUAAAUCAGAAACUGCAGAGUAGUUUUUGCACAAUGGAUCAAAGUGAAGCUGCUUCUGGGACUACUAGGAAACGCGUUAGAAAAGAUUAGACAUCCCGUGACCUGAAGAAGUUGGAAGAUAUGAUACUAACCUGGGUUUGGAGUAUUUUUUGUAUAGAAAUCUUUCUUAUCAACUGUGAACCAAGUUAGGUUUUUUUUGAAACCCAGAGAGGUUGCAACUUGCAACAGAUGUAACUGUGUGUAUAUUAAACGAGUUCUUGGUUCUCGCUUUUGUUACUUUCUCUGAAACUCACAGCAGCAAUAAAAUGGAAAAAACUGAUGAUUUUUUUCUCCCAGUCUAUC